AUGUCAGCGGAGGCCGAGCUCCAGCCAGGUGUCAAAACCAGCCAGCGAAAGGAGUCCAGGAGGAUCAAAGGUCAAGACCGCAGUGAGGCGGGGCUUAUUAAGCGUUUCCGUGGAGAUGGCGUGCGCUACAAGGCCAAGCUGAUCGGGAUUGAUGAGGUGACAGCGGCGCGUGGGGACAAGCUGUGCCAGGACUCCAUGAUGAAGCUGAAGGGAAUGGCUUCCUCGGCACGUUCCAAAGGGGAGCACAAGCAGAGAGUCUUCUUGACGGUCUCUUUCGGCGGGAUCAAGAUUUACUGUGAAAGAUCAGGGGUCCUCCUGCAUCACCACUCGGUCCACGAGAUCAGCUACAUCGCCAAGGACACCAGGGACCACCGGGCCUUUGGCUAUGUCUGCGGGAAGGAGGGCCACCACAGGUUUGUGGCCAUCAAGACGGCGCAGUCAGCGGAGCCUCUCAUCAUCGACCUGCGCGACCUCUUCACGCUCAUCUACGACAUUAAACAGCGGGAGGAGAUGGAGAAGAAGGCCCAGAAGGACAAGCAGUGUGAGCAGGCAGUCUACCAGACCAUCCUGGAGGACGAAGUGGACGAUCCAGUUUACCAGUACAUAGUGUUUGAGGCUGGACACGAACCCCUCCGUGGCCCCCAGUCAGAGGAGAGCGUUUAUCAGGUCCCAACCAGUCAGCAGAAGGAAGGGAUCUAUGAUGUCCCAAAACGCCAUUUCAUGACUAAUAUCAACCACUUUGAUCUUUUCGGCGACAUGUCCACUCCUCCCUCGGUGAGUGCUAUGCCCCCAUCACCUGCCAACACACUGGACCCUAGCAGGAGCAGCCGCCAGCAGCAACACAAUCCUGCUGAGAUGUACGCCCCCUUCAGCCCCACCUCUGUGCCGUCAGGUUAUAUGACCAUGGGUCCGGUGCAGGCGGCCCAGUGGGCGCAGCAGCCGUUUCCCGCCCAGGCUCAGACUCUGGCCUUCCCCGUGCAGGGGCCCCUCCAGGUGGCUCAGGUCCUCCCCGGUGGUCAGCCGGUCAUUUGGAGCCAGGCCAACAUUUUCCCUGCCACUCAGCAGCAGUGGGCAGCCAUGGCAGCCUACAUGCCGGCCCAGACCGUGGGCGUGGGGGGGCAUGCCAUACCUGCUGCCAUGCUCCAAGGCCUGGUACCCAUUACCACCAUGUGCCCUCAAGCCUGUGACCUAUCAGCCCCGUCCUCUGCCAUCACCAGCCCCCAGCACACGGCCGACCCCGCCCUGCUGCAGAGGCAGCUGAGCCUGGGGAAGGAAGGCCUCAGCGUGGACUCAGAUGCCGGCGAGGGGCCCUCUACAUCAGGAGCCGGAGCAGCAGGUGUUGGACCUGGCGUCGCUUCGGCAGCGGUGAGCAGGUGUGGGACUCCAGGCCUCAUGAGUGUACCGGACACACUAGCCUGCAGUCAGCUGCUGCCACCUUCAGCUGCUGUGACCCAGGAAGAGGAAGGAAGCUGUAGUGACCUUGAUCUCUCUAGGAUGACCUUGAGCCCAGGUACAUCCACAUCACCGUCCACUGAAUCUCCAUCCACUCCAGCCCCGCAGCAGAGCUCGUCUUCAGACUGCCCCCCUUCCCAGGCCAGUGACCCCCCCACAGAUCACUCCCCUGUAGACCCUGAGGGCAACUCCAGCAAUGCCAAGGAGGAGGAACAAUCGGGCUCUGGUGUCGCAAGGUCGAACUCCCCGGUGCCCAGUGGAGAUCCUGAUCCUCCGCAGGAUCAGACCUCCAUGCUUUCUGGCGUGAUACGGAUGAGUGCGCCUAGUUUGCAGUGCCGUCUACUCCAUGUUGCUUUGAGCUUGGUGCUGCUGAGUACAGUUGCCGUCACAACAGCGAGCCAUGAAACGCCUGGCCCUCGCGAAGCUCGCUCAGUGGGCGAGCAGGUGGUAGUUCAUCCGGUGGACUGUGUUUUAUCAGAGUGGAGCGCAUGGUCACGCUGUGACACCUGUCAGAAAAAAAGAUAUCGCUAUGCUAAGCUGGACCGGCCGUCUCAGUUUGGAGGGCAGCCGUGCAAUUUUGACGGCAGGGAGGAGGAGGCCUGCGCCGUUCCAGCCCGCUACACCUGCGACAAUGUUCCUUUGUGUGAGGGAUUCCUCUGCAGCCAGACAGGUCGCUGCAUUCCCAGGACUCUGCAGUGCAGUGGAGAGGAUGACUGUGGGGACAUGUCAGAUGAAGCCGGCUGUAAGAAGGUUUCCAAGCCCUGCAGGGAGGAGGCUGAAGAGUACUGGGGCAUCGAAAACCUUGCCAAAGGAAUCAACAUCUUGAACAGCAACCUGGAGGGAGUGGUGCUUGAUAACAGAUACUACGCUGGCAGCUGCUUGCCACAGUACAUCCAGGACGUCAGAUUCAGGAAGCCUUACAACUUGCAACAGUACACUCUACAGACAAAAGGCUCGUAUGAUUUCACCCUGCAGUCUUUUGAUUCAUACUCUGACUACAUGGACUACACCAUGAAGGAGCGCACCACCAAAACCACAGUUUCCUUUGGCUUUGGCAUUCCCGGCAUAUUUGAGUUUGGCUACAACUACAAUAAUGCCAAAUACACCAAGUCAGUUCAGAAGAUUCGCCGCGCCUCCGGCACGUCUAACAGCUUCGUGAGGGCCAAAGCAGAACUGGAGUUGGCCCAGUACAUGUUGAAGUCAGAUGACUUGAUGCUGCACCCUGAGUUCCUGCAGCGCCUGCGCUCUUUGCCGCAGUCCUACUCUUAUGGAGAAUACAGACAGAUCUACAGAGACUACGGCACCCACUACAUCACAGAGGCAGCCCUCGGAGGGGACUUUGAACACACCAUCAUCAUAAACAAGGAGUCCCUCGAGAAAUCAGAUUAUUCUUUGGAAGACUACAAGCGCUGUACGCAGUCGGGCCUUAAGGUUGGCGCCAACAUAUACGGUGUUUAUGUGUCGGUGGGCUUUCACGGUGGAUCCUGCGAUGGCCUGCUGAAUGAGAUGGGAGAGGACACAGCAAGCGGCAGCAUGGUGGAGGACUUCGUUGCUGUUGUGCGGGGCGGAAGUAGUGAAUCCAUCACAGCUCUGGUGUCCAAAAAGCUUCCCACCCCGCAGCUGAUGCGGCUGUGGGGCGAGGGCGUGCGUUUUAACCCCGACUUCAUUCGCAAAACAACACGGCCGCUGUAUGAGCUGGUGACCUCCAGAGACUUCUCCCAAGAUGCCACCCUGAAAAGAAACCUGAAGAGAGCCCUGUCAGAGUACCUGGCAGAGGCUAGUUCAUGUCGCUGUGCUCCCUGCCACAACAACGGGGUGGCUGUUCUGAGAGGCACCAGGUGUGACUGCGUGUGUCCUGUUGGCUACACUGGACGGGGCUGUGAGAUCACUCAGAGGCGAAAAGAUAUGGCCAUUGACGGCAGCUGGAGCUGCUGGGGUGCGUGGUCGUCCUGCAGCGGAGGAACGAUGACGAGGAGUCGGCAGUGUAACAACCCAGCGCCCAACAAUGGAGGCCUGGCCUGCAGAGGACAGCAGCAGGAGUCUACUGAGUGCUUUUAA